GAGACCAACGUAGGUAACCAGACCAGAGACCAACGUAGGUAACCAGACCAGAGACCAACGUAGGUAACCAGACCAGAGACCAACGUAGGUAACCAGACCAGAGACCAACGUAGGUAACCAGACCAGAGACCAACGUAGGUAACCAGACCAGAGACCAACGUAGGUAACCAGACCAGAGACCAACGUAGGUAACCAGACCAGAGACCAACGUAGGUAACCAGACCAGAGACCAACGUAGGUAACCAGACCAGAGACCAACGUAGGUAACCAGACCAGAGACCAACGUAGGUAACCAGACCAGAGACCAACGUAGGUAACCAGACCAGAGACCAACGUAGGUAACCAGACCAGAGACCAACGUAGGUAACCAGACCAGAGACCAACGUAGGUAACCAGACCAGAGACCAACGUAGGUAACCAUAUCAGAGGCCUAAUUUACAAGUACCAAGUCAGUGAGACGACAGAGAGCGCCCCACCCACACAGAACAAGCCUUGUAAAAUGGGGUGGAAAGUCUUCGGCCUCGUGACCAGCAUCCUCUUUUUGGUCAUCGCUCUCUCAAUCACCGCCAUCACGCUGUCCGGGCUCUCUGGGAAAUCGGACGCCGCCCCGACACCGCCAACCGUGGACACGCCGUACGGGCGGUACGUGGGGGUGCCAGAUAUCAGCAACUUUACUGGGCAGAACUUCGUCACCUAUAGGUCUAUACCAUUUGCCAAACCCCCUGUUGGUACCCUGAGGUUCCAGCGCCCCCAGCCCCUGGAAAGACACGAGAGCACCCAGAUUCUCAACUCCAUUACGUUCAAGGUCUCGUGCCUGACUGAAACCAAGUUGAACUUUGCCCCCAGCGCCUACGGCGAAGACUGCCUGUACCUGAACAUCUACGCCCCUGAAGUCAAAGACCCAGCCUUGAAAUACCCAGUCAUGGUCUGGCUUCACGGUGGGGGCUUCGUGGCGGGCUCCACUUUUCCUGACCCUAUUAAGCUGAUGUCACGUGGUAACGUGAUUGUCGUGACUGUCAAUUACAGACUCUCUGUCUUUGGUUUUUUGACGACUAUGGACAACUCGCUUCCGUCGAACAACGGGAUCUGGGACCAGUACAUGGCGCUGAGCUGGGUGAAAGAGAACAUUCAGUACUUCAAUGGAGACAACGGCUCCAUCACGCUGUUCGGUCAAUCUGCAGGCGCCAUCAGCACGGGCCUGCACUGUUUCUCGCCCAUCUCCUCCAAGCUUUUCCACAAAGCGAUUCUCCAGAGUGGCUCCGUCACGUCCAUCAUCACGCGCAACGCUAAGCAGAGGGCUCUGGAACUGGGCGCUAAAGUGGGCUGCAGUCAGGCGCAAGGCCAGGCCUUUGCUGAUUGCCUGCGUCAGGUGAGUGCCUCGACCCUGCUCAACAACAGCAUCCCGUCUGUGUACAACAUCUCCCUGGCCCAGAGGCAGUCGGACUUCCUCUGGCAGCCCGUGGUCGACGGUCAGAUCAUUCCAUACGAGCCGUUGACCAUGCUUAAAAACUUGACCUACCUGCGCGAGAUUAACUUCACAGGCAAGGAUUAUCUCCUGGGGACACAGUACAACGAGGGCGGAUUAAUACCCGAAAAUUUUCUGAAUCCGGUAAAACUAGUCGAACUGUCCAAAGUUGAAUUUUUCAAGGACCUGGUGACCUACUUGCUGUACGCCAGGUACGGGAUUAAAGACAGCGAUUAUCCCAGGCUCAGGGACGCCGUGUACACGUUUUACACGGGUUCGUCUAGUCCAGCCACGCCCUUGAACUCCCAGUUUGUCCAAGACCUGGCCGGGGAUGUCAUGUUUGUCGUCCCCGCCAUCGAGACGGCUCUAGCACUAACCAGGUCUCUCAACCAGACGUCGGUGACGUCACCAGACUCCGCCCAGCCCAAGGUUUACAUGUACAAGUUCGACUACUGCCCGAACCCCCAGGAGGCGACCCGCUUCCCCUGCAUGACCCACGGCUCCGAGUUCUCGUUUCAAUUCCCCAAGGCUCCCUUCUCUGACGUCACUCAGGAAAAGUUAUCGAACACCUUCAUCGAUCUUCUCACAACUUUUGCCAGGAGUUCGAACCCCGAGACAGUGGUGCCGAGUGGCUGGCCGUUGUUCGAGCCGGGAGAUCAGCUGUACCUAAGUCUAGAUGAGAACCCCGCUAGACGGCGCUACCCAUACGACUACAGGCUGAAGUUUUGGCUUGACACUGUACCAAGUUUAUUAAACUAGUGGCCUCACGCUCA